AUGGCAUCUCCAAAUUUGAGUAGUGUAGCUAGUGCUAGUGUUACUGCUAGUGGUAGUGUGGGAUCUGGGUCCAGAGAAACAACUGAUAUCAAGGCUCCGCUGUGGGAUCAUGUCACCAUUCUAGAGAGGCCUAAAGCUGGUGGAGGAAAUGCUCUUUGGAGAUGCAACUAUUGUCCAUUGGAAAAAAGCAGCAGCUACACUAGAGUUGAAGCUCAUUUGCUGCAGAAAUCAGGGAAGGGGAUUAUCAAAUGUCCGAAGGUUUCAUAUGAAAUGCUGAGUGAGAUGAGGAGGGAAGUGGAAAGGUGCAAGGAGCUGGUGGAAAGAGCAAAGACACGCACCGUUGCUUUGCCUGUAGGUCCUUCUUCAGGCAAUUACAACAAGAAGAAUAAGAGAGGACCUGCUUCUAUAUUGGAAAAAUCUUGGGCAUUGCAAGACCGCAAGCACUUAGAUGCUUUAAUUGUUAGAUCAAUGUAUUCUGGAGGGGUAUCUUUCAACUUUCUGAGAAACCCAUAUUUUAGAGAAGCUUUUGCAUUUGCUUGCAGCCGCAAUUUGCAAGGUUACACAAUCCCUGGGUAUAACAGGGCUAGGGAAUCACUCCUGAAGCAAGAAAGAAGGCACAUAGAGCAUCUAUUGGAGAGUACAAAGAGCACAUGGCCAGAGAAAUGGGUCACAAUCUGCAGUGAUGGUUGGGCUGACAAUUGUGAAGGAGAAUACAAGUCAAAAGAAUAUAUUGCUUUGAAGUUGAGGUCUAUUAUUGAUGAAGUAGGGCGACAAAAUGUGGUACAAGUCAUCACAGAUAAUGCUGCAAACUGCAAAGGUGCUGGUCUUUUAAUUGAAGCUGAAUAUGAUCACAUAUUUUGGACACCUUGUAUAGUGCAUACUCUCAACCUUGCUAUGAAAAAUAUAUGUGAACCUAAACUGCCAAGGACACCUACUGAUGAGGAUAUGCAUGUUUGGGGACAACUAGAAUUUAUAAACGAUGUUAAAGUUGAGGCUACUAUGAUCAAGAAUUUCAUAAUGAAUCAUGGCAUGCGUCUUUCCAUGUUUAAUGAGUUCAGCCAUUUGAAGUUGCUUUCUAUUGCUGAAACAAGAUUUGCAUCGGUUGUGUGUAUGCUAAAACGGUUUGUUGAGGUAAAAGCAGCUCUCCAACACAUGGUGAUUAGUGACAAAUGGAGCAUCUACAAAGAGGAUGCUUCAACUGCCCAACAUGUAAAGGAAAAAAUACUAAGUGAUGUCUGGUGGGGCAAUGUAGAUUACAUUCUUAGGAUCACUACUCCUAUCUAUGAUAUGAUACGUUUUGCGGACACCGACACCUCGUGUCUUCACUUAAUCUAUGAGAUGUGGGAUUCAAUGAUCGAGAAAGUGAAGAAAGAGAUAUAUCUGUAUGAAGGGAAGGAACCAAAUGAGGAGUCAGACCUCUACUCUGUUAUUCAUGAUAUAUUGAUUGCUAGGUGGACAAAAGGCAAUAAUCCACUGCAUUGUUUGGCUCAUUCACUCAAUCCAAGAUUUUAUAGCAACAAGUGGCUUGAAGAAGGUGCUGGCCGACUACCCCCCACAAGGAUAAGGAGAAAUUGGAGCACAUAUAGCUUCAUCCAUAGUGUCAAGAGAAAUGCCUUAACUCCUGAGCGGACUGAAGAUUUGGUCUUUGUGCACUCAAAUCUGAGGCAUUUGUCAAGAAGAACUGAUGCAUAUAAGACAGGAGAGACAAGGAUGUGUGAUGUUGGAGGAGAUUCUUUUGAUUCCCUUAAUGGUGUAGGUCUUCUGGAAGUUGCUGACCUCUCCAUUGAUGAGCCGGAGUUGCAGGCUGUAUCAUUUGGAUUGGAUGAUCUUGAUAUUCAAAGUGUGGAGGAGAAUGAGGAAGCCGAGGAAGAAACUUGA